CGAUUGGCGCCACGUCUCUUUCGCGCUCAGAACUCCCGUCGCCGUCCGCCAGCACAAGGCACGAGCGUUCGUUCCGCCCUCCACUUCGGUUUCGGUCCACCUCCACCCACGGAGUGAGCGUUCGUUCCCGUGAUGCGGCGGUAAAAGGUGUCAAAUUUCGCGAGCAAGGACCGGAGACGAGAGCAGCGCAAACGGGAGAAGAGAAAGGAGAAGAAAAGACAAAGAUCGAAUUGUAAAAUAGCAAUGGCAUAAACGACGGCGGAUGAAGUGUGUUGGCGGCCCACGUUAGCGCUAAAGAACGGAGGGUGGGUGGAGUGUGGAGAAUUAGAGAGUGAGGGAGAAAAGGGUUCCCUAAAAGGAGUUAAAAUUUUUUAAGGAAGCAACAUUAUAGAGAAGCGAGAGCAGGGGUCGAGGCGGAAGAGGAGGAAUGUCGGCCCACUUCAGCGCGAGUCGCCGGGCGGCGUGGCUGCUGGCGGUGGCGAUGAUGUUCUGGUCGUGCACGGAAGCGGCGGCGGCGGUGACGGCGCGGAGGGCAGAGGUGCAGCGGCAUCUCAAGAAGCUCAAUAAGCAGGCCGUCAAGAGCAUCAAGAGCCCAGAUGGAGACAUCAUAGACUGUGUACACAUCUCGAAACAACCGGCCUUUGAUCAUCCCUUGCUCAAGAACCACACCGUCCAGAUGAGGCCAUCAUUUCACCCAGAAAGCCAACUUUUUUAUGAGAGCGAGCUUGUCUCCAAGAAGAAAUUGCCAGUCCAAUCUCAGCUCUGGCACAAAAACGGCAGGUGCCCUGAGAAUACCAUCCCCAUCAGAAGAACAAAGAAGGAUGAUCUGCUGAGAGCCAAUUCCGUGGAGAAUUAUGGCAGGAAACAGCACAGGAGCACCCCUAAUCCACUCUCUGCUGAACUUGACCUCCUCAACGAGAACGGCCACCAGCAUGCAAUUGCUUAUGUUGAGGGGGAUACUUAUUAUGGAGCGAAGGCCACCAUUAAUGUGUGGGAGCCAAGGAUUGCGCAGGGCAACGAGUUCAGCCUGUCUCAGAUUUGGCUUCUGGGAGGCUCAUUUGGGGAGGAUCUCAAUAGCAUCGAAGCUGGCUGGCAGGUGAGCCCUGAUCUUUAUGGCGAUGACAACACAAGACUCUUCACUUACUGGACUAGUGAUUCUUAUCAAGCAACAGGUUGCUACAAUUUGCUAUGUUCUGGAUUCAUUCAAACCAACAGUGAGAUUGCAAUGGGUGCAACUAUCUACCCUAUUUCGAGAUAUGAAGGCUCCCAAUAUGAUAUCAGUAUACUUGUUUGGAAGGAUCCAACAGGAGGUCAUUGGUGGAUGCAAUUUGGGAAUGGCCAUGUGCUAGGUUACUGGCCUUCCUUCCUCUUCUCCUACCUGGCAGACGGCGCCUCCAUGAUCGAGUGGGGUGGGGAAGUUGUGGACUCUGAACCAGGCGGUGCCCACACUUCCACUGCCAUGGGCAGUGGUCACUUCCCCGGGGAAGGCUUUCGCAAGUCCAGCUACUUUAGGAACAUCCAAAUAGUUGAUGAAUCCAACACCUUGAGGGAUCCAACCGAUAUCGCCACCUUCACCGAGCAACCAAGCUGCUACGAUGUGCAGAUCGGUAAUGGUGGUCAAUGGGGGCACUACUUCUACUACGGAGGUCCUGGCAGAAACUCCAAUUGUUCAUAGGAAUUCAACUCGGCAAAUUCCUCAUCCUAUGUAUAAUUCAUCAUCAAGAAUCUUCUUCCUUUAACUUGUCCUAGGGCCAUGCGUGGUGAAGAAAAACAAUAAGAGUGGCCACUCUUGCCUCUCUUUUGGUUGCCAUGGCGAUUGAUUGAAAUGAAGAAAGUGGAAAUGUUUUUUGUGGGGACAUCAAUCAAUGUCUUUAUCAUUAGGAUGUAAAACACAGCAGUCUGUAACUUAUUGCUGAGGAAGAACUUGUGACCUGGCUUCAGUGUGCUUUAGUAUUCAUGCGUGAGUUGCUACUGUUUGUCUAUUGGAAUGAAGCUUAAAAGUUCCUCGAAGUCUGGUAAUGUAAUGCCACAAGGAGUGUUUGAGAUUAAUGUUAACUUUUCUUGUA